AUGUACCAGAACCCCCGCCCGCCCCAACAUGAUCAGCCGACCACAACCCUCGUCCCCCGCGCCCACCAGCACCACCAGCCACAGCCGAAGGAGCCUUUCUUCGCACAGGCAAUUCCCGCAGUACACUACGGCCAGUCCUCGGUCGUGUACGGAGACGCCUCGUCCUCGUCGACGAGAUCGUUCACGCCCAUCAAGGCCGUCGGCGACGGCUCCUUUGGCACCGUAUGGCUCUGUGAUUGGCAUGGGCCGCUACCGCCCAAUACCGCGGUUCCGGCGAUGCAGUCUGGGGCCGGAGCUCGGCCCGAGUACGCGAACAAGCGGCUCGUCGCCGUCAAGCGCAUGAAAAAGAAGUGGGAGGGCGGCUGGGACGAGUGCGCCAGACUGAAGGAAAUCGAGGCGCUCCGUGCGAUCACCACACAUCCGAACAUCAUCCCGCUCUAUGACGCUUUCCUCCUCCCCGACACCAAGGAGCUCUACUUUGUAUUCGAACCCAUGGAGGGUCACCUAUUCCAACUCAUCAAGGCUCGAAAGGGCCGGCCGCUCGCAGGCGGCCUCGUCGCUUCCAUCUUCCGCCAAAUGGUCUUCGGCCUCCACCACAUACACGAGUCGGGCUACUUCCAUCGCGACAUGAAGCCCGAGAAUGUUCUCGUCACCACCACCGGCCUCCACGAUUACCCGAACGUCUCGCCCAAGGGCGGCCAAAUGGAGAAGGACGUCGCCGUCAUCAUCAAGCUCGCCGACUUUGGUCUCGCCCGAGAGACCAGGAGCAAGCCCCCGUACACCGAAUAUGUCUCGACGCGGUGGUACCGCGCUCCUGAAGUGCUUCUCAAGUGUCGGGACUACUCAAACCCAGUUGACAUGUGGGCGCUUGGGACCAUCAUGGCCGAACUAGUCAACCUUCGCCCGCUUUUCCCAGGCAAGACCGAGUACGACCAGAUCGAGAAGAUCACCAAAGUUCUCGGUGACCCCUCGAGCGACUACGGACUCGACGCUCGCGGCCGUCCCCUCGGCGGCGGCAAGUGGCCUCGCGGUAUCAAGCUCGGCAAGGCCGUUGGUUGGCAGUUCCCUCAGACGGCGCCCAUCGACAUCAAUUCUCUUUUCGAGCAGCAUGUCCCCCAUCAACUCGUUGACUGCAUUGCAGACUUGCUCAAGUACGAGCCCGGUGACCGUCUCACGAGUCGGCAAUGUCUCCAACAUCCGUACCUCCUCGAGAUCGCGUCCCGCGCGAAUAUGGCGCCCACACUCACGGUGACGACUUCUGCUCCCGCCCUACAGCAAGUUCGCAGCAACGGCGUUGCUUCUGCUACUCUGCCGCCCGGCGUCCCUCACCCGGCUCAGAUGGGCUCCGCUCCCAAUGUACGGUACUCUGACCCGGUCCGACAGUCUUUCUACUCGUCAUCGAGCGGCCAGCCAGAGUGGGGCCCGGAGCCCAUGCACGCACAGGUCCAGCAGUGGCGCGACCAGGUACAUCCGACAAGGCACGAAGCGCACCAGUCCAUGUCGUCCGCUUCGUCGUAUCCGAGCGUCGCGUCACCGCAGGCGGGCGAAUGGGUGUCGUAUGUUCCCGUGCAGGUCCACGAUACGGAGAUACAGACGUCGCCGAUGGCACUCGAGCAUCCUGCCCGGCCCGCGGCCGACCCCGAGUCCAUGCAUCACGACGCUGCCGUCCACGGGGAAGCCCAGAACGCGUCGAAGACGGGCGGGAAGCUCCCCAUUCUCGGCGGCUUUCGCAAGGCGAACAAGUGGGGCUUCUUCGGCCAUGGCGAGAAGGGUCCGCAGAACGGGCUGCCAGUCGUGGACGAAACCGAUCACGCAUUGCCCUCGCUCAAGCGCACGCAGUCUACGAGUACCUCGGACAGCCGUUCACUGCCCGACAUACAGGCGCAGCAACCCGAGCCCGCGCGCGAUCAGCGCAAGAUCAAGCAGGAGGCAAAGGAGAGGGCGCGCGAAGCCGAGCGGCAACGCCGCCUGCAAGCGGAGAAGAAUCAUCGCGAGCAAGCGCGCGCUGUCAUGCAGAAGCGUAAUGCUCUCGAAGCCCGUACUCGUUCCGAACUCGAAUGGAAAUGGCAGUCGCACUCGACGCUCUUGCAAUCCGAACAGCAGCAACAGCAGCAGCAGCUUCACUGGCAACAACAACAGUUCUCGCCGGGGAUGCAGGGUGCGUCAAUGUCCAGCACGCGGUUUGAGAAGGGCAAAGGCUCGGCGGGUCCCAUCCGGCAACAGCCAGGUGCCAAUGGCUUCGCGAAUGCUGGUCCAUACCAUUGGCGAGGCGACGAGCGUAUGGCGAAGGCCCGACGGCGCGAAUUCGACGACGACCACUCCAUGUCUUCCUCGGACGUGCAGAGCAUUGGCCCAGUCUCCGCAAUCUCCUUCGCUACUGUGGACAGCGAUCCGGGCCCUUCGCGAGCACCACAUCCGCAAUUGCGACCCCGACCGAGUAUGCUCGGCAUUCGGAGCAGCACGUCAAGGGCACAUUCUCCAUUACGACAAUUCGACGAGUUUAGCGUGCGCAGUUCGCACUCGCACUCGUACGAACAACACCUCGCCAACGAUUUCAAUCUCCGUGCUUCCGUUGACUCAAGUUCGCUCUCGGAUAUGGGCUCGCCACCGGCCGUCCACGCUCUCUCGCUCUCUCCACAGGCCUCCUGGCAAACAGUCACAGGGUCUGAGAAUCCCGACGUCGUCAUGGCACAACCGCAGGCUUCGCACCUCUUCGCGAUGCCGCCCCGACAGCACUAUUCUCCUUCUGGCCUGAGCAACUACAGCGGUCGCGAAGCUAGCCCUGCGGCGCCCAAGUCGGCAAUAAAUCCGAUCUUCAAGGUGCCGUCACUGCCAUCAAUGAAGGCUCCAAGUUCGCCGUUCAACGCCGCCAAUGCGCCCCCGACGCCAGCGCUACCGCCGUUCGCCCAGCUUGAGGCAGUUGCAAAGGGAGAAUAUCCCCCGCUGUCGCCCAUGGAGUUCAGCAUGCCAGACGGAUAA